UCAAUCGGGGGAUCUUCCUGGGUCCGGUUCAGCUUGCCGGAUGCAGUUCCCUGCUCCUUUCCUGUCUUCUUUCCCAUCAGCUGGAGUUUAUUUAACACAUUCCGGGAAUCAGAGGGAAGCCAACAGCAAAUCUGCUCUCCCCAAAGACCAAUCCGAGGAAGUCUUGGAAGGACCAAAACAAGGAAGCGUCCAAGGGACCAAGGAAGGUUCAAGGAUAGAGACCGUAUCGGUGGGAUCUCCUCGCCAAAUGGAAUUGCCCUUUUCGGUUGGAUCCAAAAUGCAUAGCUGCGGCCCCAUCACGGAAGCGACUCCUCCGCGGGAGAAUUUCAAAGGAGCUAGUUCUCUGGAUGGUAAGACAGAUCAGAAUGGAUGCCAGCCAGAAGCAGAACGAGCGUCAAAAGGAGACACCACCUUUGCACUGUUGGCCAACUCGGAAGACGAACACGAGAAGGUUCCUUCUGAGAUUCUCGGUUCACAUUCCACGGCGUCUCCCAGGGUCGCCGUUGAGCCACCCGUGGAAAAAGACUCCCCCGAAUCUCCCUUUGAGGUCAUUGCUGACCAACUGGAAUUUGAUACGGAGUUCAAAGAGGUCCUGACCAGCAAUUCCAAGGAGAUCGGGAGCAACUGGGUGAUACACGGCGAAAGGGAGCUGUUGACUGACAUCCCAGAAGACAGCAUUUGCGAGUUCCAGGCAAAACCCCAUAGCAGCGGGCGGCCUCCCUCAGGACCGGGGCUCUCUCGCCAGUCUUCAGGCACCACGGCGGCUCUAGAGGAAGUCUCCAAAUGUGUCCGUGAACUGCACAGCUUCACCAACGAGCUGCUUAACUGGGACUUGAUUCCCAAGGACCUGGAAGACAAGGGGGAUGACUUUAUCAACGCAGGCUUUAAGGCCUCGUCCACCGAAACCAGCGGCGGUGUUCCAGAACCGGUGGCGAGGCCUAGCGAUAUGGAAACUGGCAAGGCUCACCAGCCUGUGACAAUCAGCCUCCACCCAAAAGGCAAGCCGUCUCCAAAAGUAGAGAAGAAUCAAGCCACGGUUGGCCAAGCCAUAGCUACAGUGAAAAGUGCUCCUCCGGAAGCCGUCCAGAUGACAGCCGAGCUCUCCUGGCCAAAUCCAUGCUUGCCUGAAGCCGCCGAUGCGGAUAGCUCUGGAGAAUCUGACGACACGGUCAUUGAAGAUGCUCCAGAUGACCUGACAUUCCCGAAUAAGCUGGUGGUUGAGAAUUGCCAGGGGUUCUCCAAACUCACAGGCUCUUCUGAAGCAGAAAUUGAAUAUAUAGACGAGGAGGAGGCAUCUGAUGAGCUUCAGGAAGACCAAAUGGCCUCCCAGUCCUUGGAAAGCCGUUGGCGAUUUGCUGAUGAGUUCAAAGCAAUCCAGCCGGCGGAGAGACUCUCUCCUGCAUCUCAGCCCUCCAGAGAACCUUCUAAAGCCAAGCAGGCAUUCGAUGCUGGGGAACUGGAGGUGCCGAGGAAGACUCCCAAGGCCGAAGAUCCUUCGAGGAAGAUCACUUUGGACAGCGUCAAAGAGGUGGUGUGCCCCGACGGGCUGGGCAGUGAGAGUUUUAUGGACUUCAUGAAGGAGUGCUUGAAAUCCAAAGGGGGUGAGUCUCCCGAAGACCCAGUGGAGAUGUUCUCGGAGGCCGAGCUGAAGGCGGCUCGUUCCCAAGGAGCGUGGCCCUACUUCCAGCAGCCGCCCCAAGCCAAGCCAGAUUUCGAACACGAGCACAUCACCAUCACAGCCCUCAAAGAGGUGGGGAGGAAAGGCGAGAUGGAGAGGCCUGCGCUCUUCUCUCCCCCCAGAGGGAGGCAUUCCAGACAGUACUGUGAGUUCCCGCCCGAUGCUCCAGCGAAGUCUGCCUUGGAGAAGAGACCUCUCUGCCUCGAGCAGGCCGUCGACGUGAUGCUGGUUCCCGCCAGUGUCAGUCUUGGGAAAACUUCUCACCCGCUUGCUCCCGAGCCGUCGUCCGUACUACACGCCAUUACCAAAUUACUGGCUCAAUUCUCAGUGCGAGAUCUGAUCUUCUGGAGGGACGUCAAGAAGACGGGCACCGUCUUCAGCACCACCCUAAUCCUGCUGCUCUCCCUGGCCGCCUUCAGCGUCAUCAGCGUCGUCUCGUACCUCAUCCUGGCCCUGCUCUCCGUCACCAUCUGCUUCCGGGUCUACAAGUCCGUCAUCCAAGCGGUGCAAAAAUCCGAAGAUGGCCACCCCUUCAACUCGCAGUCGUCAUGUGGCUGAUGACGUACGUCGGGGCCAUUUUUAAUGGGAUCACCCUCCUCAUCCUUGGGGAAUUGCUGGUUUUCAGCAUGCCGGUCGUUUAUGAGAAAUAUAAGACUCAGAUCGACCAUUAUGUCGGGAUCAUCCGGGAUCAAGCCAAAUCCGCCAUGACAAAGAUCCAAGCGAAGCUGCCCGGCACCGUGAAGAAAAAGCCCGAAUAAUCUUCUCCGGCACACGAAGACCCAGCCAUUAACAAAAUCCACACCACCACCACCAACAACAACAACAACAAAAAAUUUACUCCCUUUGUGUCAUGGCUAUAAUCACUGUUACUCGUAUCUUAUGAAGGAACUUGCCAAGUCAGCUUGAUGUCUGCGUUCCAAGCUUACUGAUUGUGUUUUA